AUGUUUGUAAGCACGACACACUCAGACGAGAAAAGAACAUUUUCUAAUAAGUUACAGCGCCUACGUUGUGACCUAGAAUCUUUUAUGCUGAAAGUAGAUGCUCCCUACCCCGACAUCACGGAGACAGAAAAACGACGAUAUUGUUGUAUAGUUAUAGAGUUACUGGAAUUUGCAGUGAAGAGAGCAGAAAAUCUUCCAGUAGAAGUGUCUUUUUCAAAUUUACCAACAUGGAACAAUCUCCAAAAAGAAAACAGAAUUUUGAAGAAGCAGGUUCACACUUUGAACACUGAGCAGAUGAGAUUGUCGGUGCUUUUAGAAUCUGCCAACAGAAACAUUAGAGAGCUACAGGAAACUGACUCGCAGACGACAGAAGACACAACGCAGACGACAGAGGAUACACAUGAAGACUUGAGAAGUGGAUUACUGUUGUCCAGAGAAUUAGAUAACGCUUACAAAUCUCUUUUUGCAAUUGAAGAGGUAUCCUCAAGAAUGGAAAAAGAUUCAACUCCUAGAGAAAUACCAAAGAAACAGUCUAUAGAAAAAGAUUCAACUCCUAGAGAAAUACCAAGGAAACAGUCUAUAGAAAAAGCUGAGAGUAAGGUUCUCAUACUGCCCUUAAAAAGAGAUAAAAUGGAGAAGCCAGUUUUAUCAGAAAAAAAUGAAUCCCCGAGAAACCAGAACCGAGACAAAACAAAAGAUUUAAAAACUAUCUUAAAAACUCAGGAAACAAAUAGCACCUCCGAAACUGGGAAAUCAAAGGAAUUUCAAGAUGGGCAAAAAACUUUGAGAGCAAGCUUCAGUGACUUUAGCUCAAUGAAAACAACAAACAAUCCCAAGAAAAGACACAAAGAAUAUGAAAAACAUCUUCAGAACACAAUUGCUAAUCUUAAAGAGCAGAACUCGCACCUGGUCAAACAGAAUGAGUACCUACAAGCAGAAGUGAACAGACUGAUGAAGGAAAAGAUGGCGGAUACUCCAAGAAAUGAGACAGAGGAAAAGGAACUGUUGGAGUUAAGGAGCCAAGUUCAGGGACUGUGGAAAUUAGUCCAAACACUAGAAACAGAGCGCAAAUAUUUACUCAACAGAUUAGGGCGGCUCGUCAACAGCCAUGUUGGGGAGGAUGAGAACGGAGACACACAGACGUUUAUGGCCGACCUCAGUGACCUGAUCAGACCGACAGCCCUGACCCUCCAUCUGUCCGAACUCUACAACAAUGAAUGGAUUCUCGCCUACGAAUCCAUGAUAUCCAAAGUAUUCAAUGAGAGAAAGGUGGUCGCAGAUCUCUUAAGCUGUAUGACGAAUAUUUACUUGAAGUGUAAGGAUAUGGCAGAGAAACAAAGACGUCAACUUCACCGUGAUAGUAAACUGGUGGAUGGAUUACUAAAUCCAGAUAAUCUUCUGGAAGUUCCAAUCCAGAUCAUAGAGCUACAGCGUGAACGUGUUCUAGAGGAUCUACCGGAAAUUAAGAAGACAUGCCGGAGUAUUUUGACCAAUCUUAAAUCGUACCCAAAACAAGUCAUCCGAUUCUUCGAUAGGUGUACAGAGCUCUGCUGGUUCAUGAACGUCCAUCAUCCACCUUUGGUUUUGGAGUGGAGGAUCCCACAAGGCAGUCUUGUUGAUACAAGUCGGUUUACAUUCUAUACUCGGAGCGGACAUUACGUAGACUAUGUCGUUUGGCCUGCGUUACUUCUCUCAGAAGAGGGCGCUAUAUUAUCAAAAGGAGUAGUUCAAGGAAGAGGCUAG